GUGGCGAUACAAAAUAGAAGAAAAUAAAAAUCUCGUCGGAGGUCAAAAUCGAACACCGAAAGACACGAAGUGCGGUAAUUAGUUUCUGCUUAGAAUAACACUUAGUUCCGUAACGCGAGUGCCGUGUUUCACCAUUAUUUGUGAUUAUAUCCCGUCGUACGAGAAAACAUAUGCAUAAAAAGUGAGUGCGCCGCGGGAGACGGCAUACAGAGGAGUACAAAUAUCAGCCAGCUGCCUUCAUCUGUGUACACACUUGCAUGAGCAAGAGUGACGGCUCAGGAAAAAUGGGCAUGAGUCCUUCCGAGAGGCGUUUACAAAAAGAACUUAUGUCCCUUAUCAGAGAGCCUCCCCCAGGAGUGACGGUGGACGAGGAAAGCGUUAGUCAAAACCUAACCCAGUGGAUAAUCAACAUCGAUGGUGUGGAGGGUACGCUGUACGAAGGCGAACAUUUUCAGCUGUUAUUUAAAUUUAAUAACAAAUAUCCGUUUGAUUCGCCGGAGGUGACAUUCAUAGGUUCCAAUAUUCCUGUACAUCCGCACGUGUAUUCCAACGGUCACAUCUGCCUGUCAAUUCUCACAGACGACUGGUCUCCUGCGUUAUCAGUACAAUCAGUUUGCCUCAGCAUAUCGUCCAUGCUGAGCAGUUGUCGGGAAAAGCGGCGUCCGCCGGACAACGGAAUUUAUGUGAAAACGUGCAACAAAAACCCUAAGAAAACCAAAUGGUGGUAUCACGAUGAUUCCGUGUAGAGCAACGCCCGGCAGAACAUUUUGUCGACACAGAUACAAAUGCAGAAUCGAUAUGCCACCACCCGGGAAGGGGUAACUUAGCAGCAUACGCAGCAGCAAGCAAACUAGCAACAGUAGUGCAAAACCCGCCAGUUGAAGCAGACGCAAACCAUCACGAAAAUCACGAUAGAUAAACCUGUCUUAAAUUAAUUCGAUUAAUGUAGGUCUUUCAAAAAAUAGCUGUGGAAGCUUCCUAUAUUCAUUCUACAGGAUAAACGAAUUUUCUAUAGAACGAGAACAGAGGUUUGAAAAAUAAAAUAAUGUAUUUUGUUCCACAUUGAAAGCAUCUCGCAGUUAAGUCACAAUAGACAAAAGAAGCAUUUCGCUUAUUGCUCAACAAAAUUAGUCUCACAUUUCGUUUGCGUUGAAUCUAGCAGCUCAAAUCUAUUUGUAUUCAAAAUUAAGCAAACAGAGAAAGUUUCCAUCGGCUAUUUGAUUUUUCGCUAUUGUGCAAAAGAAGUGAACGAAUUGUAGUCAUGAUUAUUUUAUAUUUUACUUUUAGGUGUGUUUUUGAGAAACAAAAUAAACUGUAAUUUAUUGUACCUAGCUUAAGACACGGUAUCGUUUUAAACCUGAGUACGCUGAUGGACAACAACCCUGUUUGUAUUCGCUUUGAUUGGUAAUGCAUCAUAAAUAAAUCAAGUUACUAAGAACCCAGCACGCAGGUUUCUAUCCGGCAUAAACCUAUUUGGUACACGUAUAGUACCCAAUUUCGAAAAAUCAAAAAUUAAAUACACAUUCCUUGAAAUUAAACACUUGUGAGAGAUAGUAAGCUAAUACCAAUCGUUGCGCAUAUUAAAAAAAAAUGUUGUUGGACGAAACGAUUGAGAGAUUAUAUUGUGUGGUAAAUGGGAGAGGAAGGAGAAAAAAAUACUAGACAACCUAUACAGUCCAAAAUGUGUUCUUGGCCCGUGGCGGAAGUAAUUAGAUUUGUGGGAAAAGUUGGAAUAACCUUGCUUACAUUCAAUGACUUACUAUGUUGUGUUGUGCAGAUACAGAACUUGUAGCUGCGCGGGAAAUAUGUCCACACCUGUCAGUUAUGAUCGAAAGUAUAUAUUCUUAAAAACAAAUGGACAGCAAAAACAUAGAUAUAGUUCCAGAUGAAUUAAGCAUUAUUGUAACAAAGAUACAAAAUCUGUGAGUAGUUGUUAUGAUAAUUAAAUGAGGAAAAAACCUUAAUAUAAUUCUUACUGUUUAUUACGACGCAAAUAUUAAGCAGUAACCCGAAUCACAAUGUAGGUAUGCAACACAGUAGAGCAAUUUAUGUACGAUUAGGCAACCAUUUUCAAAUAUAAUUACAUAUUUUUUUAUUAUUAAACACAGCAAUAAGAAUUGUGAAA